AUGAUUGGAGAAAAGACCAUGAAGGCAAUGAUUAUUGAGGAUUAUUGCGAUAGUCCUGAUUUUAAAUGUGUUGAUAUGGAAAUUCCUCACAAAUUGGAAAAGAAUGAAGUGUUGGUGAGAAUGGAAGCUGCCUCAGUUAAUCCAAUUGAUUAUAAGAUGAGAAAUGGUAAAAUGAAAAUGAUGAAACGUUUGACCUUUCCAGCAGUACUAGGACGUGAUGGGUCAGGAGUAGUAGAAAAGAUUGGUAGUUCUGUAAAGAACUUCAAGGUUGGAGAUUCUGUUGCAGGUUUCUUUGCUAAAAAUCAUGGUACCUAUGCUGAGUAUGCAGUUUUUGAGGAGGAUGAAAUUGUGACCUAUCCAAAAGAUGUCAUGACUCCUGAAGAAGCAAGCGCCUUCCCAUUAGUUGGAUGUACAGUUCUGGAAAUGAUGAGAAAACAUCCACUUGUUGGUGAAGUUUUGGAUAGAGAAGCAGAGAGUUCAUUCAAAACUAACGUAAUUUCUGAACCAAGAAAAGAUGUGAAGAACUUAAAGGUGUUGGUUGUGGGCGCUAGUGGUGGAACUGGACAAGUUGCCUGUAUUAUAGCCAAGCAAUUCCUUUCUAGAUAUUUUAAUGUUAAGGUUUAUGCAGUUUGUUCGGAGAAGAAUGCAGAGCUAGUUAGAAAAGUUGGUGCAGAUGUUGUAAUUGACUAUAACAAGACUUCAGCCAAAGCAGGUGCUCACACAACCCAUUCCAAAGGAGGUUUGGCAGAUAGUAUGAAGAGUAUUUGUCAAGUUAUUAGAGAUGAGCAUCAUGACGAUUAUGUUGAUUUGGUUCUCGAUUGUGUCGGUGGAUAUUACUACUACAAUGAUGUGCAUCAACAUUUUGAUUGUAGAAGGGCAGAGAAUGGAGUUGUUUACUCUACUAUUUCAGCACCAAAUCCAAAUGAUUAUGAACUAACAUUUGGAUCUCUUUUAAAUAUGGGAAGUUAUAUUGCUACGAACAAAUUGAGAUCAUUAUCAUCAUCCUCACCAUCAUUCUAUCAAAUCUUUGUAAAGAAGAAUACUAGAGAUUUGCAUUUAUUGAUGAAUAACAUUGUAACGAGAGAAAAUGCUCACAAGAAUUUACCACUUUUACAAUAUCCAUUGAGUAAUUUAAAAGAAGCUCAUUUGCAAAUGGAAUCACAGAGAACUGUUGGCAAGAUUAUUCUGAAUAUUGCCAAGAGAAUGAAAUAA